UUGAAUUUAUGUCCGAGUGAACUACACGCGUUAUAGUUAUACAUAUAUAUAUAUAUAUAUAUAUAUAUAUAUAUAUUCGUAAAAUUGUUGUCAAAUUAGUUGUUUGUGAUUAAAUAUAUAGUUUUGUCAAUUCUCGGUUCUUACUUUUAUAUAUUCAAAGUGAUUUGUCACGAAUACUGUGAUCAGUAAAAGACUGCAAAAAAAAUAUCCUCUAAUCAAAAAAUAAUUUCGAAUAUAAACUAAUUUAGAAAGAAAAACUCAAGAAUAUCAACUUAUUUGAUAUACAAAUCAAUAUUGAUUAUCUUAUUAAACACAAAAAUAUUUCUAACGAUAUUCCUUUAAUUACUAGAAUAAUCGAUCGACCUUGAGUAGGGAGGACUGACCUUGUCAAUAGGAAGGCGCCACCUUUGGAAUAAGGAAAAAACGAAAACAAUCGGAAAUUACGAUGUUUGUCGCAAUCAGUGUCAAGAAAUGACUUUAUGACUGAUAGUAUAAAAGAUUGAAACAGUGGAGCCCGUUUCAUCAAGACAUUGAGGAAGUAAAAAUUGAACAAGCCAUAACAUAUUUUGAAAAGUCAGACUCUUUUUUAUAGAGCUAAUGCAAUGUUUGUAAUAUUCAAUAAGCAAUCCAAAAAGUAAUGUUUUUUGAUAUUUAUCAAUUUUGUUUUUAUUGAUCAACCAUCAUUUUAAGAUACUAAUAGCACAAUAAGAUUGUGCUAACUUUUCCUCCAUAAACGUAUUUUAUGACUAUGAUUAUUAACUAUAACUAAGACGCUGUGAUCAGUUGGUGAAUAGAAAUUUGGUGAUAAAAUCUACUAUACAUCUAAAAAUAAUGUGAAGCUAGGUGUAUAUUUAAAUAGCGUGUAUAUAUAAAAGGUUAAAGUUGACAGACGAUUCUCUCAAAUCUUAUAUAGAGAUUAGUGCAGCAUUUACUUGAAUGAAACUUCGCUAUUUCCAAGUUAUUCUGUCUGUAAAAUACGACAACAUGUUCUAUAAUUUCAGAAACUUGCUGUUGAUUUCGACGGCGUUGUGUUCCUUGGAUAUUUAUGCAGAUAUACUUAACGAGAAAAAAGAAAUCGUAUAUGAUUUACUACAAGCUGCAAUGGCUACAACUGAUGAUAAAAAUCAAUAUAUUGAUGAUGGAUUGGAUGGAUUCCUCGCAUUCGGAUUUCGUCCAGGUUCGGAAGUAAAACAACCGUAUAGACUUUGUCUUCCAGAAAAGUUACCAGCUGAAUUUACAAUUGUUGCAACGUUUAGACCAAUGUCUUCUCGCACGAGCUAUCUUUUUGCUGUACUUAAUCCGUUCGAUACAAUUGUCCAGUUGGGUCUCCGUAUCUCUGAGGAACGAGAUUCAAGUCAGGAAAUCUCUUUAGUUUAUACGAAUUCAGAUGAAUACUCUCAUUCAGAGGAAAUUGCGAAAUUUCAAGUGCCAAAUUCAACAAACAAGUGGACUAAAAUCGUUAUUCGCAUUUCAACAUCCGAAGUUGCUUUUCAUCUCAAUUGCUAUGAAAUCGCUCGAAAAAAAGUUACUCGGAUCCCACAAGAGCUCGUUUUCGACACCGCUAGUACACUUUAUAUAGCUCAAGCAGGGCCGCAUAUUCAAGAAAAAUAUGAUGGUUUAAUCCAAACAUUGAGACUACAUUCUGGACUGCCACAAGAUCUUAUCAAAUGUACUGAUACAGAGUUAUUUCCAGAAAUUUCGGAAUCAAAAGCGGAUAACCCACUGGAGGGUUCUGGAUUCAUAGACUUCGAUAAGUUGAUUGGUGAAGAUGAUGGUGAAAAAAACGAAAGCAAUCCUCCUCCACUCAUUACUCCUCCACCACCGGAUCCAAAUGCUUCAAAUUUUAAAGGUGCUAAAGGUGACAAAGGUGAUAAAGGUGACAGUUCACGGGGCCCACCAGGUCCUCCUGGGCCACCUGGCAAUAACUACGAUUUUAAUGACGAGGAUUGGCUAAUGAAACAACUUCAAGGGCCGCCAGGUCCAAAAGGUGAACCAGCCGUUUGUAUUUGUAAUGCAACAGAUUUGAAAUCAAGUUUUAUGAUGCCAAAAACAAUUGUGGGCCCAAAAGGUGAGCCCGGAGUUCCUGGGAAAGAAGGAAAACAAGGACAAAUGGGUCUUACAGGCGCUGCAGGACCACCUGGGGAGCGAGGACCAGCGGGACCCAAUGGUUCUAAAGGUGAUAAAGGUGAUCUUGGGAUGACAGGUCUAGAGGGAACACAGGGUCAAAAAGGUGAACCUGGCCGAGAUGGAAACCCAGGUGAAAAAGGAAAUGAAGGAGCACCUGGACCACCUGGAAAACCGGAUGAGUUCUCCCCUCAUGACCCUCUUUGGAUUCCACGAAGCAUUUCUCGAGAUGGAAUUACGAUGAGACCCGGGUUACCAGGUCAAAAAGGUGAUACCGGUGCUCCAGGUACUCCUGGAUUAAAAGGGGAGCCUGGUAUACCUGGUUCUAAAGGUAUUAAAGGUGAAGUCGGCCAAAAAGGAGCAAAAGGAGAACAUGGUAAAGAAGGAGCUCGCGGAGUUCAAGGUUACAAAGGUGAACCUGGUGCACCAGGAAUAGCAGGACUUCCUGGAGCCUCUGGCGAAAAUGGGAAACCUGCUGAGAAAGGUGAAAAAGGUGAUAUUGGUCCAGAAGGAAAACCAGGUGCCCCGGGCCCACCCGGACUGCCUGGAACUGCUAAAACCAAUGGAAGCAGCUUAGUUUCAGGGAUAAAAGGUGAUAAAGGUGACCAAGGUAUUCGUGGGUAUAAAGGAGAAAUUGGACAUAAAGGUGAAAAAGGUGAAAAAGGAAAUCCAGGAGCCACUGGUAUACCUGGUAUUAACGGUGUGCAAGGACCUCAAGGGGAUAAAGGUGAACCCGGAAAAGAUGGAUCUUCAGGAAUACCAGGUCCUACGGGAAUCAAAGGUGAAAAAGGAGAUAGAGGGCCACCAGGAAUCACUGCAUUUGCCGGGGCUGGAGAAUAUGUGACCAUUAAGGGAGAAAAAGGUGCUGAAGGUAAGAGAGGCAGAAGAGGACGGCCAGGUGCCCCUGGUCCGAUGGGACCACCUGGCAAACCAGGGAAUACUGGGGAAUUAGGACUUCCAGGAUGGUCGGGUCGACCAGGAACUCCCGGAAUACCAGGAAACAUAGGACCUAAAGGAGAAAAAGGUGAAGCCGGUGCACCAAGUCCUUACAGCAACACAGCAGGACUGAAAGGAGAUAAGGGAUUAGAUGGAUUACCUGGAAUACCUGGCAAAGAUGGUCAAACAGGGCCACCGGGACCUCCAGGUCCUCCUGGUUUAUCUCUCGUUGGCCAAAAAGGCGAGCCAGGAAUCAGCAGAGGUCAUAUUUAUGGGGAUAAAGAUUAUUAUAGAUCGCAUCAAGAUAGUGGUAUUGGAGAAAUAAAAUAUGUUCAUGAAAGUACGACAAAAAUUGUUCCUGGUGCUGUAUCAUUUCAAAAUACGGAGACGAUGAUAAAGAUGUCAACAAUAAGUCCAGUUGGUACAUUAGCUUAUAUAAUUGACGAGGAAGCAUUAUUGGUUCGAGUUAAUAAUGGAUGGCAAUACAUUGCGCUUGGAUCUCUCCUACCUAUAUCAGCAUCCCCUCAAGCGACCACAAAACCUUCACCAUCACAUCCUCCAUUUGAAGCUUCGAAUCUCAUCAACCAAAUACCUAUAAAAGCGGACAGUAAAGCGCAGUGGUACCCUAAGAAGCUUCGCCUGGCUGCACUCAAUGAACCAACUACUGGUGAUAUGCACGGGUUGAGUGGAGCUGAUUUUGCUUGCUAUCGACAAGCAAGACGGGCUGGAUUGAAAGGAACAUUUCGAGCAUUUUUGAGUUCAAGACUACAAAAUUUGGAUAGCAUAGUAAGAUCGAGUGAUCGAGAUUUACCAAUUGUAAAUAUAAAAGGAGAUGUUCUAUUUAAUUCGUGGAAGGAGAUGUUUAGUGGAAAUGGAGCAUACUUCUCUUCUAAUCCAAGAAUUUACAGUUUUAACGGCAAAAAUAUUCUUACUGACUUCACUUGGCAAAAAAAAGUGAUUUGGCAUGGCUCCCACAAAUUCGGUGAUCGUGCUAUGGAUACCUACUGUGAUGCCUGGAACUCUGAUAGUUCUGAUCGAUAUGGAUUAAGCUCUUCAAUUACAAGAGGUCAACUUUUGGAACAAUCUCGAUAUUCAUGCGAUAAUAAGUUUGCUUUAUUAUGUAUAGAAGUAACUAGUGAAAUAAUGAGAAAGCGACGAAGUUCGAAAAAUAAUAUAAAUAAUGCUCAUAAAGAAUUCUCAGAAGAAGAGUAUUUAAAAUAUCUUGAUCAUGUCAUGAAAAAUUAAUUUUUUUUACUACAGCACACCUCAAUCGCGAAAGCGUUGAGUGUGCUUUACUUUCACUCUCUCGCUCUCGGCCCUUUCAAUGACUUUAAAACCUCUUUACUUUCUUUAUAGUACACCAAGGUUGUUAAUGGUAUAUACCAUUUUAAAGGAAAUUUAUUAAGGAACAUUUUUCAAUGCAAUCCUUAUUUGAUUCAUGGUGUGAUUAUUUUUAAAAAAAUAUUUAGUCCGAAGCCCUCAGUGCGUCAAUUGUGGUGUUCGGACUCAUCAUAACACGAUAACUUUCGAAAAACAAGACUAAUCGACUUUUUAUUUUUUAAAACGUUUUAUUUUUUAUUAUUUGUGUAUUUUUCAUCACAAGAACCCUUUCAAAAAUUACUAUCUGAAUCCUUUUUGUUUUGGUGUAAUUAAUAAAAAAACGUGAAAACUGAUUAUUCGUGAAAAAUUUAGCUGCUAUUGUUACUGUUGUUAUUAUUUUUUUCAUUGUUUCUCACUAUCAACUACUGGUGGCAGCACUAUCGUAUCAAUAUGUUUGAAAAAAAAAGCGAAAUCUAAGAAAAAAAAGCAGGAUAUUUAGAAAAAAAUAUUAAACUGAAUAUAAGAAAUAAAAAAAUCAAAUUGAUAAUUUGUAAGUUGAAUAAAAGUUCAUAAUAAAAAAAAAUACAUUAAUAUUAUAUAAUAAAAGUAAUGAUUAAAAAUAAAUUGAGCGAUUGAGGUGUGCACUUUUGGAUUUUCCAACAUUUAUAUCUUCUAUUAUUUUGGACAUCAUGAUAAGCUACUCUAGCGGAUUCGCCAAGCCGAUUAUACGGGACUUAAUUUAGGUUUCGGUUGAAAUCAAGUUUCGACAGGGCUUAUCGAGUUUUAAAACCUAUCUUGAACUGAAAGUAGAAGUUUCAUUGUGUGGAUAACAAUGUUGAAUAAAACUAUAAUUAAACCAGUUUAUUUUAAUUUCUCAGUUGUAAGUGAUCUGAAUCCAAAGUGAUUGUAAACAAAAGAAUAUUUCUAGCUUUCUCUAGCAAAUGAGUUAGCCCGUUUAAAAUUAUGUUAAUUUGAAUUUUGGUUCAAGUAAGGUUUAAAUAGCGUUUAUUCCAAGUUUUGAUACCUGUUUAUAUUUAGUUUAAUUUUAGUUUGGUUCAAGAAGAGUUUAAAAUUAGUUUAUUUACUGUCUUCAUAAUUGUACAGAAAAAUUUUUUCAGUUUAAAUCAGGUUUAUCUUUGGUUGUUUAAUUUUUGUUUAAUAGUCUUUUA